AUGAUGGCAGGCGCAGAAGCAAAAACUCAUUUUUUCCUAUUUGACAAAGAAGCUUUGAUCACAAAGGACAGAGGUUGUAUUGACUCAGCAGUUCCACCAUUUGCUAAAGAUAUUGGACAGCUUCAAAGUUUAGGACUCCAUGAGGGAUCUGAUCUUCUUGAAGUGGUCAAAAAGAUCAAACCUCAUGUUCGUCUUGGUUUAUCUAGAGUUGGAGGUGUUUCAAAUGACCAUGAUUUGCCUCCAACAUUUCCAGGUCAUCCUGCUUUGGCUGAUAAUGGAAGAAAUUCUUUAAGACGUUUACUCAUUGCUUAUGCUAGACAUGUUCUACUACAUGAUAAUUUUUGACUUUUUUCAAACAAUUCAACCAUGGAAUGGAAUCUCAGAUUCCAAUUCCGUCGGAAUUUGAGAACCAAACGUAGUUGUGGAACACGAAUGGGAUCCUUCCACCAAUAAAGAAUAAGAUUUUUAUUACUUUUAGUUUAUCUCGAUCGUCGGUUCUAAUAUUUUGAUUAUGCAUUGUUUUUCCACGGACUACACCUAGCAUGGAAGGUUCUGUAGAUAUUGUUUCUUCUGGUCGUGGCUUGUAACAAAUGGUAAAUCAUCUCAAAACAUUUUUAUUUUUUUGGUUCUUUUCUAGGGUAAAAUACACUAAAUAACAAUGUAAAUACC